CUUGUUAGGGAUAAGUAUUUUGUGCAUUGCAGUGAAAGGGAUUGGAAUAAAUUUUAAUUUGUAAAGAAAAAAUCUAAGAAUGAAAUACAUAAUUCUACUAUGUUUCCUGGCCUGUGUUUGUGCCCGACCCGAGACAUAUACCAACAAAUACGAUGGCAUUGAUUUACGAGACAUUUUGAGUAACAGAAGAUUACUGGUUCCUUACAUACUUUGCACUUUGGAACAAGGAAAGUGCUCACCGGAAGGCAAAGAACUACGGUCUCACAUCAAGGAUGCCUUGGAGAAUGAUUGCGCUAAAUGUACUGAACCUCAGAAGGAAGGCACUCAACUUGUAAUCACACAUCUCGUCCAACACGAAGACGAUUUUUGGAAGCAAUUGGUUGCCAAGUACGAUCCUAGCAGGAAGUAUGUGGCGAAAUAUGAGAAACAAUUGAAGUCUAUUAAAUCCUGAGUUUAAGUUUGUAUAAACGAAAUAAACUGUGUGUUUUAUUA